GUUGUAGCCAAACACAGAGAGAGAGAAAGAGAGAGAGAGAGAGAGAGAGCGAGAGCGAGAGCGCGCGAGCCAGCACCGGAUUAACUCUCUUUCAGGAUUAUUUGCAAAUUAACGCACCAUUAAAAGAAUAAAAAAACAGAAAUGCAUGUGGAGCGUGCGCGGAGCUCCUGCACGCCUCCUCCUCCUCCUCCGUCCACUUCUCCGCCUUCACUACUACUUUACUGACGUUGCCCAUCUGAUCUCUGCACGUUGCUGCUGGACAUGGGCUCCAAACUGAGCAGACAGAGCAGUCUGGAUGGAGAAGCGGCGUUCUUUAGAAGACCCCGCCAGCAAGGAGGGUCUGGAGACGGCCAGAGGAGCGAGGCUGGAGGAGCGGGAGACGCAGGAGCUGGAACUGGAGCUGGUGCUGGAGGAGAGUUUUUGCUCACUUCCUUCAUGCUCAGGUCAGAGAAGCUGCCCAGCGUCCUGCGCAGGUCCAGCAGGUCCAGCCCCAGCCCGUACCAGAGGAGGGUCGCCUGGGUCCGGCAGAUCCAGAAGCUGCUGAAGGAGCAGAAAGUGGAGGAGGCUGCAGACGUGCUGAAACUGCUCAGAAAGGAUCUGGGUCUGGAAGGUUCUUCUCUGAAUGAUAUCCUCUAUAAAAACGCCGCCUUCCUCAACCUGGUGGAUCCGAUUUCCCACGAGCUGCUGCUGAGUCUGGCGCGAGACAUGCAGUGUCCAAAGAGGGAGGCGAACGCUCUGAAAUCUUCAGAUAAAAUCUGCCGACAGCUGGUGUACCACCUGACCCCCCACUCCAAAUGGGCCAGACAGAGUGUCCCCAAGAGGAAAUCCCACGCAUGUCUGAAAACCACCCUGAAGAAGAAGUUUGCGGGCGAUACAGUGGACCUGUCCGGCAUACCUCUGUCCAGCCGGGACCUCCAGCGUGUCAUUUUUUACCUCCACAGCUACGGCUUGUCCGUGGUGGCGGUGGACCUGAGCUUCACAGAGCUUCAGGACGACGGCCUGCGCCUGCUGCUGCCCUCACUCAGCCUGAUGCCUAAGCUCUCCACACUCGCUGUCAAUGGUAACCGGCUGACCACCGCUGUCCUGAAGGACCUGACCGAGGCGCUGAAGGACCCAAAGAAGUUCUCCAACCUGGCCUGGGUCGACCUGGGCAACAACGUGGACAUCUUCACCAUUCCUCAGCCGCUGCUGGUGGCUCUGCGGCGGCGCUUCGGCCUAAGGAGCAGCCUGCCCACCAUCUACGAGUACAGAGAGACAAAAGACGGCCACUACGGCCUGGAGGCGUCUACCGAGGAAGAGGAGGAGGAACUGGAACCCUUGAACAUGGGUGAGAACACUAUGAACAUCACGCUGCACUUCACCGAGAGGUGAUGAGACCUGAGUUCUGUAUGGGUUGUAGUUUCAUUGGUUCCUGUGAAACGAUUCAGGGUGAUCAGAACCAGAAUCUCCCCCCGAGCAGCGUCUCCUGUCAAUCACAGCAAACUCUGGAGCCCUGGAACACGGAGGAGAAAAGCAGGAACAUCAUGCUGAACUUCUCUGAGAGGUAAUGGGAGUUUGGUUCUUCAUGGUCUUCUUGGGUUCUCCAAGGUUCUCCAUGGGUCUCCCACGAGGGAUACCCAGAGUUCUCCAGGAUUCUCAAAGGUUCCUUGAUAUUCUCCAGGGUUUUCCAGGAUUCUUCAUGGGCUUCCC